AUAAAAAUAAAAAAAGAGGAUGAGGAGGAGGAGGACUCCUUCGGUUCCUUCUUCGAGGUAUUACUCAGUUAGAGUGUACCACCAAAGCUUGGCGUAGUCGAGGAGAUGCAUGUUACUAGUUUUUUCCCAAAAAAAAUAAAAAAAUGAGGGGCCUUGAAGUUCCGUUUCAUAUCCAAAUAAAGUUCUCUAACUCCUUGCACUCCGAGUCCCUCGGAAAAAAAAAAAAAAAAAACUUUAGCUCGAGAACUUUGAUACAACCACCGUCUGGUUGUGGAGUGCUCCCGUGCCACUGUAUCCACCUAGUCAUUAAAGUUGGCCUCGAAAACUUUUGGCUAAGGACAAAACAUCAUCCGUGAUGUGGAGAUGUUCAGUUGGUCCGCAACACCUGAAAAUUCGCCAGCAGCUGGUAGGACACAGUAAAAAACCCACUCUCUCUCUCCUUACCUUCCCUCCUUAUCUGCCAUGGCAACGGUCGCCGGCCCGGGGCAACUUCUCCUGAAUCUCAAUCCCUCAUUUCACUCCACCGCCACUCGCCUAUCCACCACCAUCCACCUACCCGCCACCUCUCGCUUCCCCACCACCAUCCGCCUACCCGCCACCUCUCGCCUACCCAACUCCACUCGCGUACCCAUCACCUCUUCCCAAAACCCUAAACCUGUAAAACGCACCUCCUCUUCCCAAAACCCUGAUCCUUUAAAACCCAACUCCUCUUCCCAACCCCCCCUCCUACUCCUCCAAAAAUCUCUAGCCCUGUCGGCCGCCACCGGCCUCCUCUUUCUCUUUGGCCCCCCUCUCACCAACCUGUACGGUCGCAUUACAGGUGGUUGGGGCAACGGCGGAGGCGGAGGCGGAGGCAGCGGCGGCAGUGGUGGAGGUGGCGGAGACGGCGGUUUUUGGUCAAAAGUAUUCUCUCCUGCCGCGAUCGCUAAAGAUGACGAAUCACAAUCUCAAGAAUGGAACUCACACGGGUUACCUGUCAACAUUGUGGUACAGCUCAACAAGCUUAAUGGGUUCAAGAAAUACAAAGUCUCUGAAAUUUUGUUCUUCGAUCGACUUAGUCGGAUCACCACCGCCGGCACCGGAGAUUCCUUCUUUUAUAUGGUUUCAAUCCGGCCCAGCUGUAUAUACACCAAAGCCCAAUUCCAGAAGGAGCUCGAAACACUCGCGACUUGUGGAUAUUUUAAGAAGGUGGAUCUUGAAGGGAAGACCAACCCGGAUGGCACUAUUGCAAUAACCAUAUCAUUUACGGAGAGUACAUGGCAAUCGGCGGACAAGUUUAGGUGCAUAAAUGUCGGUUUAAUGCCCCAGUCCAAGCCGAUUGAAAUGGACCCUGACAUGACGGGGAAGGAGAAAUUGGAGUACUAUUGGAGUGAAAAGAAUAAUUAUAGGAGGAGAGUCAGGACGGCGAGGCCAUGUUUGUUGCCAAUGCCGGUGCACGGAGAGGUGUUAGAGAUGAUGAGAGGGCAAGGCAAUUUGAGCGCCAGGUUGUUGCAGAAGAUUAAGGACCGGGUUCAAAAGUGGUACGACAACGAGGGGUAUGUAUACGCUCAAGUUGUGAAAUUUAGAAUUUCAAAUCCCAGGGAGCUGGUUUGCGAGGUUGUGGAAGGGGAUAUUACGCAGUUGGUGAUUCAGUUUCAGGAUAAGCUUGGGAAUGUAUGCGAGGGGAACACCCAAUUCGCAGUUUUGAGUCGAGAAAUACCCAAACAGCUCACACAAGGGCAUGCUUUUAAUAUAGAAGCUGCAAAACAAGCUCUAAGGAACACACGUGUGUUAUCCUUGUUUUCUAGUUGUGAAGUUAAUCCAAUACCUGAUGAGAAGAAUGGGGGAGGGGUCAUUGUUGAGUUUAAUCUUAAAGAAUUAGAACAAAAGUCUGCUGAAGUCAGUACAGAGUGGAGUAUUGUUACUGAACGCGGAGGUCGUCCUGCACUGGCUUCAUUCCAUCCUGGUGGAACUGUUUCCUUUGAGCACCGAAAUAUGAAAGGGUUAAAUAGGUCUCUUCUUGGUUCAGUGACGGCUAGAAACUUCCUCAACCCUCAGCGUGAUCUUGCUUUUAAGCUUGAGUAUGUGCAUCCAUAUUUAGAUGGUGUGUAUAAGCCUCGCAACCGUACAUUCCGAGCAAGCUGCUUUAACAGCAGCAGACUUAGCCCAGUUUUCACCGGUGGGCCAGAAGUGGACAAAGUCCCCCCUAUUUGGGUUGAUCGAGCUGGUGUCAAAGCUAAUAUCACAGAGAAUUUCACUCGUCAGAGCAAAUUCACUUACGGACUUGUGAUGGAAGAGAUAACAACUCGUGAUGAAAGCAAAUGUAUUUCUCGACUUGGUCAAAGGGUGUUGCCAAGUGGAGAAAUUAGUUCAGACGGACCUCCAACAACACUUAGUGGCACUGGCAUUGACCGAAUGGCAUUUCUCCAGGCAAAUAUUACCCGUGAUAACACUAAGUUUGUAAAUGGAGCAAUAGUUGGUGAGAGGAAUGUGUUCCAGCUGAACCAAGGUCUUGGCAUCGGCAGUAAGUUUCCUUUCUUUAAUCGUCACCAGCUAACAGUGACAAGAUUUAUCCAGCUAAAAGAAGUGGAGGAAGGUGCUGGGAAACCACCACCACCUGUGCUAGUCCUACAUGGCCAUUAUGGUGGUUGUGUGGGAGACCUUCCAAGUUAUGAUGCUUUUACACUUGGGGGGCCUUAUUCAGUGAGGGGUUACGCUAUGGGCGAGAUAGGUGCAGCCAGAAAUAUCCUGGAGCUUGCUGCUGAGCUGCGGAUGCCUGUGAAGAACACGCAUGUCUAUGCAUUUGCAGAGCAUGGUAAUGAUCUUGGAAGUUCAAAGGAUGUCAAGGGAAACCCAACGGAGGUUUACAGGCGAAUAGGUCACGGUUCCUCGUAUGGUGGGGUCAAGUUAGGCCAAGGACGGGCUGAGUAUGCCGUUGAUCACAACUCUGGCACUGGUGCUGUGUUCUUCAGAUAUGGAGAGCGAUUUUGAAUUGAAGUGUUUCAUGGUUUUACUGGUACGUUAAUCUUGUUUUGUCUGACAAAGGAUUCUUGGAGCUAUAUCUGGAUGUUGCAAGUUUUUGAGUUAUCUAUAACGAUGAAGGCUUUUUAUAAGUAGGCUUCAUACUUUCUGCGGCUUAUCUUCAUUCUCAUGUAGCCUUUCCUGAAGCAAGGAAAUGCCUGGAAAUAUUUUA